AUGGAGAAGUUAAAGAAUAGAUUAUUCAAAGCGAUCGAAACCAAUGGAGCUGCAGGUGAAUUCUCAAAGUUGGCAGCUCCCAAGUCGGAGGAGAUGAAUAUGACAGAGUUUUUAACGUGGUUACCCAGUAAGCACCAUGAGAGUCUAUUCGAUUCACUCUUAAACAAUAAGUUGAUACCGUUGAUCGAAGAGGAACUACUGGUACCAUCGACAGAGGAUCAAGACAUCGAUAGCAACACCUCCAAGACGAUAUUGAUCGAUUCACUCAAGAGUUUCGAAUCUAUCAUCCACAUUUGUCAUUGCUAUAUAAAGAUCAAAGAGAAUACCAAUCCACCAGAGCAACUCUUUCAAAUAGCAACAAUAUUUCACAGUUUAUUAUUACCAAUGUUAAAUUUACAGAUGCAAAUCGAAUCAACCCAGUUGUUUUCAAAAGAUAUACUUUUGAGACUAUCGAAAUUAUAUGGAAAGAUUGCCAAUGAAAUAUCAUUGCUUUGUGAAAUCUGGUUCAAACAAGAUCGUCCCAACAAAGAGGAACUCGUUCCUCAAACCAUUGGUUAUCUUGUUCAGAAAGCUUUUGAAUCUACAGUUGUCGCUGGCAUGGCGUGCCGCUACCGGACCGUUUCUGCUGCGCAUUGA